GCAGGCAGCAAGUCCCGCGUGCACUCGUGAUCUGACAAUAUUUAGUUAAGACAACUGUCGCGUGAUUGUUUGUGAAACGUUUCGUCGUGAUCAUGGAAACUUGGAUAUUACUGUCUAUCUUAGCUGGCACCAUCGCUGUAUACUACUGUUUCUUGAAAGAUUUAAACUUUUUUAAGAAACAUGGAAUUCUUCAUAUAUCACCGUGGCCUGUUUUGGGUAAUAUGGGACCAGUUUUUCUACGCCAAUUGUCAAUGGUCGAACUGGUAAGAAAAAUUUAUAACCUAAAUCAAGACGCCAAAUAUGUUGGUUUCUUCGAUAGCAUGAAUCCAGUAGUGGUGAUUCGCGAUCUCGAUAUCAUCAAGUCCAUCAGCGUGACAAAUUUCGAGAAGUUUUCCGAUCAUCGCAACUUUAUAACUGAAGACAGUGAACCGUUAAUUGCCAAAAGUCUUUUUUUACUUCGCGGUGAAAAAUGGCAUAACAUGAGAACAUUAUUAAGUCCAGCUUUUACACCUAAUAAAAUGAAGGUUAUGUUCAAGUUGAUGUCAGAUAGUGGCGCAAAUUUUGCUGACUUUCUUGUUAAUUUGCCUUCGGAUAAAAGUGUUGUUGAUAUGAAAAACUGUUUCAUGAGAUAUGCGAAUGACGUGAUCGCGACUUGCGCAUUCGGAAUUAGUGUUGAUUCGAUGAGAAAUCCGGACAACGAAUUUUACGUUUUCGGCAAAAAGGCAAUGUCUUUCGAAACUUCUCGCGCGUUAAAACUCUAUAUUAUAAGAAGUAUGCCUUUAACCAGAGAUGAACAGAAUAUCGUACGACCGGACAUGUUGCAAUUGAUGAUGGAGAGCAGAGGAAAAAGACCCGGAAAGGAACUAACAAUUGAGGACAUGAUCUCGCAGGCGUUUAGCUUCUUUUUUGGUGGUUUCGACACUGUUUCUACUUCGAUGUGCUUUGUUGCCCACGAAAUAGCUAUUAACAAAAAAAUUCAAGCAAAACUGCAAGAAGAAGUUGAUGAGGUUCUUCAGACGACAAACGGAAAUUUGUCUUUUGAAGAACUAAACAAUAUGCAGUAUUUAGAUGCCAUUGUAAAGGAGACACUGCGAUUAUGGCCGGUGACUGCAUUAUUUGAGAGAAUAUGCACACAACAAUUUAAAUUACCUCCAGCGCUUCCUGGAGACAAACCUUUCGUUAUUAAAAAAGGAAUGAGUGUUUGGUUUCCUGUUUGCGGUCUUCAUCGAGAUCCAAAGUACUUCGAGAGACCAAACGAGUUUGAUCCCGAUCGCUUUCUGGAUCAGAAUAAGAAAAAUAUGAAUAUGGCUGCUUAUAUUCCGUUUGGAAUCGGUCCAAGAAAGUGUAUAGGCUACAGAUUUGCAUUGUUAGAAAUUAAAGUCAUGAAUCAGCCAAAGAAUUUGUAG